CACCAAGGGACUGCAGCUGGUGUAGACAGCACCUUUUUAGUGUCUUUUAGGGGCUGCUUAGAGCAUAACAAGAAUACUCUCCACAAUGGCUGGUAUUGAUGAUACGCGACUGUCGGUGCUGAUUACAGGUUGCUCGCCCGGUGGUAUAGGGAACUCUUUGGCCCGGGAAUUUCAUAGAACUGGCCUGCGCGUGUUAGCCACAGCAAGAGAUGCGGACACCCUUCAGGAUCUGACGUCUGUCGGAAUUGAGACGCUGAGCCUCGUUGUGGAUGACCAAGAAAGCGUACAGCGUUGCUUCUCAGAGGUCAAUGCUCGACUGGGAGACAAGGGCCUCAAUUACCUUGUGAACAACGCAGGCCGCAAUUACACGGUUCCAGCGAUGGAAGCUGAACUCUCAGAGAUCCGCACGACGUUCGAAACCAAUCUGUUUUCAGUCAUCUACAUAUGCCAAAUUUUUUUACCUCUUCUCAUCAGAGCCAAGGGAACAAUUGUACAAGUCGGAAGUGUUGCCGGGAUAAUUCCAUACGUCUUUGGGUCAGUCUACAAUGCCUCAAAGGCUGCUUUGCAUUCUUUCAGUGACACUUUACGAGUAGAACUGGCUCCUUUCGGUGUCAACGUCACCACAAUUGUCACAGGUGGUGUGCAAUCCCGCAUCGCUCGAACCAAACGUACGCUCACUCCCAACUCAAUGUAUCUCCCAAUUGAAGAGGAGUACAAUCGGCGUGUGGUUCACAGUCAAAAUGGAGCCAUGCCAACUGCCGACUAUGCACGGAGCGUUGUCUCGCAGAUCCUCUAUGGGCCAGCCCUAUGGCGUUGGGUCUGGCCGUGGGCGCGAGGCCGUCAGAGUUGGAUCUGGGAAGGUAACAAGAGCUGGAUUAUUUGGCUUCUGAGUGGUGGAUGGGCUUGGACCGGCUUCUUCGAAGUUAUUGUAUCGAGAAUGUUCAAGCUUUACAGGCUUCAUAAGGUGGAAGAUGGAAAAAAAAGCGUGUGAGACAUCCAUAGCCUGGAGAAUUCUCACGGUGCUCUCAGCUGCUCGGAAUCUCUGUGCCUUACUCAUGCCGAAACGUACGCUGGUUGGCCCG